AUGGCAUGUCCCAAGCCAAGUUUUAUUCUACUACUAAUCGGAUUUUUCCUCGCGAAAAAUGCAGUUAGGGCAGGAAAAACCACCGAGCUUGAGAUAACCUGGCCGGAGGACAUCACUGAGGCUACCCUAGAAACUGAGAUGACCUGGCCGGAGGACAUUACUGACGCUGCUACCCCAGAAACUGAGAUGACCUGGCCGGAAAAUCUUCCAGUGACCGAAUCGAAUGCGGUCACUUAUCGCACCGCGCGCACCUUGGACCACUUGGAUGCCUUGAAAGAUGAGGACGAGUUCAUGGAAAAGCCGCACAAACCACUUCUAGAGGAAUUUUCUAGCCUGGAGGAAGCGCACCGCAUAGUUCACCCGAUCGGUGAAUUAAUAGCCCUCAAGCGGAAGCCGCUCCCUGAAAAGAAGCUGAUCAAAAAGCCCUUCUACUUCGGCUGCUGUCACAACUCCACAAACGUGGGAUGCGCAGGCGUCUGUCCGGAGACCUGUGAGUACCGCUCCAAGUACUGCGUACCGCUCUGCGGACCUCCCUGUCGCUGUAAGCACGGGUUUGUCUACAAUAUUCCCCGACGGGCCUGCACACUGCGCUCCGACUGUCCCAAGGGAAUGGUACAGAGCAAGAAGGGAAUCUACAGGGUAUUUUUGUGAUGGAUGCUCGUGAUUGGGGUUAGUGUGAUGUGCUGUGGUGUCGUGCCAAUUCCGUUUGUUCUAAUAAACCAAGAAAGCCGGA